AAUAUAUCCGAGAGGGAAACCAAUUGCGAUAUUGUAAUUGCUGGAAGCGCGAAGUUGUCGACUUAGAAGAAAGCUCCCCCGGACCGGGUGUUUCUCCCCGUCCUUACUACACGUCGAGUGCGGUGCGGUGUGGGGUUGGAGAUAUAACCCAGAACAAAGGAGUCUCGAAGCAAGGAAUGAGCGAGCCGAGACUAGUUGUGCCAUUACCUUUGAAACCGGGCCAAAUGCCUCUCUGAGACCCAACAAUAGUACAUCGGCUGCUCGUAUUUCUCGACGAAGCUUUCCGCCCCAAAAGGGAGAAAGAAGAAGGACAAGGGGGGAAAAAAAGAAACGCACACGGACACUCACAAGUCGGCGGCUACAAUGUUUCCUCAAAACCGACCACCGGCGCCUCUGCAGCCACCCCCUGGGUCCUCAGCUUCAGUGGUGGCAGCCGCAGCAGCAGCCGCAGCGGCGGCAUCUGGAACGCCCCAGUCACUGAAACUAACUUACCCGGAAACUUUGGACCGCAUUAAGGAGGAGUUUCAGUUCCUCCAGACCCAGUACCACAGUUUGAAACUGGAGUGUGAGAAGCUGGCCACAGAGAAGACUGAGAUCCAGAGACACUAUGUUAUGUAUUAUGAGAUGUCCUACGGCCUUAACAUUGAAAUGCACAAACAGACGGAGAUUGCCAAGCGGUUGAAUGUGAUCUGUGCUCAGCUCAUCCCAUUCCUGUCACAGGAGCACCAACAACAGGUGGUCCAGGCCAUGGAACGCGCCAAACAGGUGACCAUGGGGGAGCUAAAUGCUUCGAUAGGGGUACGUGGGCUCCCCCCUCUGCCUCAUAGCCAGCAGCUUCAGGCACAGCACCUCUCGCAGCAUGCCCAGGGUUUGCCAGUGGGCCCACACCCAUCAGGACUGCCCCACCCUGGCUUGGCACUCGGUGGAGGAUCCAGCCUGCUGGCCCUGUCCGGGGCUCUGGGGGCUCAGCUGGCUGCCAAGGAUGAGAGAGCCCACCUAGAGGCAGCAGCGGCCGCUGCCGCUGCAGAGCACCACAGAGACCGUGAAGCAGGACCAAGCUCUCUGUCCAAUGGGGAAAAGGGUCGCCCAGCAGACUACCUCAGCAACGGCAAGAAGAGGAAAGCUGAUGAGAAGGAGUUCAUGACAGACUAUGGCAGCGAUGCGGAUAAGAGUGAUGAUAAUUUGGUGGUGGAUGAGGAUCCGUCGUCCCCCCGCAGUGUGCAGUCCUACUCGUCGAGGGAGAAUGGUUUGGACAAGAUGCCUCCGUCUCGUAAGGAGGGUCCACCACAGGCCAGCCCCACCUCCCUGGCCUCCUCCAGCAGUGCCGCCUCCCCUUCCCGUGGCAAAGAGCCCCCACAGAGGGAGAAGUCCAGUACUCCAGGUAUGAAGCCAGGGACCCCCAUGUCUCAGGAGUCCAACACCCCAGGACCCAGCGGACCGCCGCAGUUUAGACCUGUCCCUGGCAAGCCUGGUGUUGACCCCCUCUCUCUGGGUCUCAGAAACCCCUUGGCGGUGCAGGGAGCGUACCCUCCGGGGGCUUUUGGCCUGCCUCCUCCAGGGGUGAACGGGGACCUGCCCGGGGCGGCGGGCUACGGCGCAGGCCUCCACUUGGUCUCCCCGCAGAUGAAUGGAGCUGCAGCAGCGGCGGCAGCAGCAGCUGCCGCAGGCUACGGACGGUCCCCUGUGGUGGGCUAUGAAUCUCCACACCCACAUAUGAGGGUCCCUGGGCUGCCUGCUAGCCUGCAGUCAGCUGCCUCUGGAAAACCCGCCUACUCAUUCCAUGUCAGCGCAGACGGCCAGAUGCAGCCCGUGCCCUUUCCCCCUGACGCCCUGCUGGGCCCGGGAAUCCCACGUCACGCCCGUCAGAUCCACACCCUGAACCACGGAGAGGUGGUGUGUGCCGUCACCAUCAGCACCUCCACGCGCCACGUCUACACUGGAGGAAAGGGCUGCGUCAAGGUGUGGGACAUCAGCCAGCCGGGCAGCAAGAGCCCCAUGGCCCAGCUGGACUGCCUGAACAGGGAUAACUACAUUCGCUCCUGCAAGCUGCUUUCCGACGGGCGAACCUUGAUUGUUGGCGGGGAGGCCAGCACGCUGUCAAUCUGGGAUUUGGCCACACCCACUCCCCGCAUCAAGGCGGAGCUGACGUCGUCCGCUCCCGCCUGCUACGCUCUGGCCAUCUCCCCUGACAACAAGGUCUGCUUCUCCUGCUGCAGUGACGGCAACAUCGUCGUCUGGGACCUUCACAACCAGACACUGGUCAGACAGUUCCAGGGCCACACAGAUGGAGCAAGCUGCAUCGACAUCUCUAAUGAUGGCACCAAGCUGUGGACGGGAGGACUAGACAACACAGUCCGCUGCUGGGACCUCCGAGAGGGACGCCAACUCCAGCAACAUGACUUCACCUCGCAGAUCUUCUCUCUGGGCUACUGUCCGACAGGCGAGUGGCUGGCUGUGGGAAUGGAGAGCAGUAACGUGGAAGUCCUGCACGUCUCCAAACCCGACAAGUACCAGCUGCACCUCCACGAGAGCUGUGUUCUCUCCCUCAAGUUUGCCUACUGCGGUAAAUGGUUUGUGAGCACAGGCAAAGAUAACCUCCUGAAUGCGUGGCGGACACCUUACGGAUCCAGCAUAUUCCAGUCUAAGGAGUCUUCGUCGGUUCUCAGCUGUGAUAUCUCCCCUGACGACCAAUUUAUCGUCACCGGCUCCGGGGACAAGAAGGCCACAGUCUACGAAGUCAUCUACUGAACUCUGAUUGGCUGAAAAAGUAAAAUCAAUAAUCAGGGGGCAGAGCCAAGGCUCCCUCCUGCACCAAUGACUGUACAGAGCAUCGGUGGCAUGGAAAAGACACUCAACUUGUACUUUGUUGUUUUGUUUACGUUUGUGAAAGAAAUGCGAAAGAAAGAGAAGCAAGGGGGCACAAAGUCACAUCUCUGGAAAAAAAACUUUGAACUUUGUUUCUAAGGCUCUGAGAACGCUGGUUAGUCUAUAGCUGUGCAAAUGUGGGAUUCCUCCAAAGAACUUUUUGUUUUGUUCCUUUUUUCUUUUUUUUUUUUAACAAAAUAAAACCUCCGUAGUGAACAAGAAAUUAGCAAAAAACUUAUUUUUUUAGCCUUUGAAUUUUUCGCAAACAGUUGGACAGCAUCAAGAGGAAAAAGACAGACGUGGAACUGAAGAAGUGUAGGGAGGGUUCAUGGAGGGCUGGGGCUCUUAAUGAAAAAAUAUGGUCCAUAUUCUGUGCUGUUUAAAAAGUCUCAGCCUGGGUCAACUUGGCCCGGUUUGGUCUUGUCCGGAGCGCGCAUCUGCUCCUCAGGGCAGCAGAUGCAUGGCAGACGGCAGGAUGUUGUGCUGUGAGGUUCCAGAUAAUUUUUUUUUCUCCCUCCUGGUUAGGUUUCAGCAGCAACAUGAUUGUAUCAUCUCCAGUACAUACAUGACAGAACAGGGCUUGGUUUCCUCUAAAGUGUCCUGAGACUCAGUUUGUCUUUGUUCCUUUUGGUUUCUGUUUUGUUUUUGUUUUUUUUCUUUUACAAAAGAACAAAAAUGAACUUAUUGUGCUGAUGUUUUUAAGGAAACCAGCCUGGAACAGAAAACCACGACCCAGAGGACAGAAAGCUGAAGUCAGUACAAACAACUUACAACAGGUACUUUUCAGUUUCGGGGGACGUGGCCUCUGCUACAUUGUCUUCAUCUUUAACACCCAGCAUUAAAUGUGAUUUUCUAUUGUAUUUGUUAGGGCACAUAUAGGCAGACAGGUAUUUUCACAACUGCAUCAUGAACCUUGAACCUUGCUAUAUAUGGACAUGUAAAUAAAGUUC